CGUUUGAAUCUGCUGGAUCAAGAGAAUAAACAACGUCUCGAGAGUGCACUUCAAACUCGACGAUCCGACACUGGUAACGGAACUCGUUCGCAAUCUUAA